UGACGGUGACAGGUUGUAAAAGAAGGAAUUCCAUCACUAUUUUUAAAGUCACACGCGGAUCUGGGGGCGUGGAAGGCUGAGCACACAGACCAUUUGGCUCGUGGAACACCACAUUGAAAGUGGUUUAGCCUAUGUGUAUUGUUGUACCCGCUCUAGCUGCUUGUAGUGCUCCAGCAUACCCAAAACCAUUUGGACACAACACGGUUCGUGCGGUCGUGCUCAUUGGUACGGUAUUACUUUGUUUUCCAAUGAUAUUUUCUGUCAAUUUCCCAUCCGUGGAAAAGCCUACGGCAAUACUUUCUAAUCCGACUGUAUGGAACAUUUUUUUUUUUUUUUUUAACAAAUCAUGUUCUCUGCCUAAAGCUAUUGUUUAUGGUGACCACUUGUGAGCCAGGCAUGUCAAUAUGGACGAGUAACAUCGAUGGCGAAAUGACACCGGGGAUUUAUUAGCUGUCACCGCAGCCACUGAAAACAUAUCCUGCAAAUAUUGGCAGGUGACAAAUUCACCUGGAUGUCAGCCUACUUCUUUUCACUGACCCUUUUCAACAGUCGGGGUUAUUGUAUAUAGCACAGGGACCGCACAUCUUCCAUAUUAAAGGAAUUAAUACGAUUUUGAACUGCAUACUGUUUACUGGGAUUGAGUCAUGGAUUACAACAUUUGCAUUGUCCAUUCUUCGCGUGUCCUCGAUGCUUAGACCGCAUUAUUUGCGAACAGAUUUGGUGAUUUUAAUUUGCAUUUAACAAUGCGAUUUCAAAUCCGUUUGGGAAAGUAGUUAUUGGUGAAGUGUUCUGUUCUGCAUUCUCUACAUUACUUACAACACCCAAACAUGACAAGCACCGGACCCGUUAUCGUGUUUGAGUGGCUGAAGACCCUCCAGCUCUCUAUGUAUGUGGAGUCCUUCGUGGAUAACGGCUACGAUGAUCUGGAAGUUUGCAAACAAAUUGGGGACCCCGACCUGGAUGCUAUCGGUGUAUACAUACCGCACCACCGGCAACGGAUCCAUGACGCGGUGCAAAGGCUGAAAGACGAGGAUAAGGAAACUGCGGCGGGGCUGUAUUUUACGCUUGAGCCGAUGCCCCCCGCGUCUGAAAUGUACACCAGGCAUCUGGUGGACCAGUACGACUCCAAACUGCGGGCGUCCAAGUCUUGGACCGAAUCGAACAGUGACCGGGUGGGGGGGAAAGGGGGCGCGUAUCUGGGCGCACAGAGGAACCUGACGCUUGGCAAGCGGAGGGAGUUGGUGAUUUACCCCAAAUUGAAGUUGAAGAUCAUGAUUAGAGAUAAACUAAUCAAAGAUGGAGUCAACCUCGCCAGACCGCCAUACUCAAACAAGGAUGGUUCUCUGGGGAACAUUGAUGACCUAGCCCAGGAGUACUCGGAGUACUACAACACCUCAUUCAGUGACGUAAGCGACCGCAUGGAGGAGCUACGCAAGAGACGUGUGUCCCAGGACCUCGACAUGGAGAAUGUUGACACAAGCUCCACUUCCCUGCAGCUUCGCUCAGAGAUCCAAGAGUCCCUUGGCUUCAGCAGUGAGGUGUCCACUCCAGAGACAGAGAGAAAGAUGUCUCUGCAGAAGUCCAGCUCUGAAGACGGAGGCAAAUGGGACAAUAAGAAGAAGAACAAGUCCUUCUGGCAGAACUUUCGCAAGACGUCGCAGAAGGGAGUCAUGCGGCAGACUUCGAAAGGAGAGGACAUAGGCUACGUGGCCAGUGAGAUCACCAUGAGUGACGAAGAGCGCAUCCAGCUGAUGAUGAUGGUGAAGGAGAAGAUGAUCACUGUUGAAGAGGCUUUAGCUCGGCUGAAGGAGUAUGAGAGCCACAGCAGACAGUCCAGCAGUACUGACACUGCAGAGUGGACUGACGGAUCCAGUCCCAAUCUAAACCAGUCCUCUAACUGCAACUCUCGGGAGCAGUCUGAUGAUGAGCAGUCAGAGGACUCUGUGAAGUUCAAACGGCUCCACAAGCUGGUCAACUCUACCCGCCGUGUCAGGAAGAAACUCAUCAAGGUGGAAGAGGGGAAGAGACCCAUCUCCGAAGAUUCUUUGAGACUGGAGGUGUCUUCGACCUGUGAGGACAACACAGCCCUGUACACAGGGGUCCUGAAGAAGUCCAGCCUGCCCCAGGAUGCCUCCCUGUCCUCCCUGACCCAGGACCAGCUCUCUCUGGACGGGGACACAGACAGCCUGACCACCUCCCCUUCCUCCAGCAGCCUGGACACCACCUGGUCCGGACACAAGCUGGUCAAGACCUUUUCUAAGUCCAGCAGCACCCACGGCCUCAUCCGACCCCCCAGGAAAGUCCCUGCUGGGUCUGGGCGUCUGGUAGCCGUCGGGGUGGAAGAUAGUGGUUCCUCCUUCUCGGAGCUGGACGGCUGUGGAGCCGAGGAAGAAGAGAAGGUGUCGUGCUCCAUGACGGAGGGCGAGAUGAGGAAAGCCAUGACCUCUCUCUCCCACGGGAGGACGUGUAGUUUCGGAGGGUUUGACCUGUCCAACAGGUCACUCCAUGUGGUCAGUGCAGGCUCGGAGCCCAAUAGUAAGUAUCCAGAGGCUGUAUACCGGGAGGUAGUCAAGUCUCCCACGACGUCUCGUAUCUCCCUGGGAAAGAAGGUCAAGUCUGUAAAAGAAACCAUGAGGAAACGGAUGUCCAAGAAGUACAGCAGCUCACUGUCUGAACAGUCGAGCCCAGAUGGGGCACCCAGCUCCCCCCAGUCCCCCCAGCCAGACACAGAUUCCCUGGAGAAACCCAAACUGAAGGCUGGAGGAUCAGUGGAGAGCCUCCGGAGCUCCCUCAGCGGACAGAGCUCCAUGAGUGGUCAGACGGUCAGCACCACAGACUCGUCAGCCAGUAACAGAGAGAGUGUCAAGUCUGAGGAUGGAGAUGACGAGGAGCCUCCCUACAGAGGGCCCUUCUGUGGCAGAGCACGAGUACACACUGACUUCACCCCUAGCCCCUACGAUUCAGAUUCCCUCAAACUAAAGAGAGGGGAUGUGAUUGACAUCAUCAGUAAGCCCCCCAUGGGGACAUGGAUGGGUCUGCUCAACAAUAAGGUGGGCACCUUUAAGUUCAUCUAUGUGGACGUGCUGAGUGAGGAGGAGGAGAAGCCCAAGAGACCUGUCAGAAGGAAGAGGAAGGGCAGACCUCCCAAACCCACCUCUGUAGAGGAGCUGCUCGAACGCAUCAACCUCAAGGAGCACAUGCCUACCUUCUUAUUUAACGGCUAUGAGGACCUGGACACCUUCAAGCUGUUGGAGGAGGAGGAUCUAGAUGAGCUCAACAUCAGAGACCCUCAACACAGAGCUGUGUUGCUCACCGCCGUGGAGCUACUGCAGGAGUAUGACAGCAGCAGUGAACCGGAGCGUAGCGGCCUGUCAGGCUCUCAGGAGAAACUACUGUCAGAGGGCCACGGCCUGGUGGGCGACUCGCCACGUGACUCUGGCUGCUACGAAAGCAAUGAGAACCUGGAGAAUGGCAAGAGCAGAAAGACAUCUCGCUCCAACCGCUCCUCUGUGGGCCUCCAGUCCCCAGACUACCCCACCCUGCCCAUGACCCAGUCCACUGAGGCCCUGCAGCAGAGCAAGAUGGAGCGCACAGUCAACUUCACCAAGCACUUCUUCCUCAAGCCCACCUUGAGGGGCUUGAGCAUGCUGGGGCUGAGGAAGGGCCCCCGCCGGACCCCCAUGCCAGCCAGUCUCAGCUGUGAGGACCUGGACGGGAGACUGGAGGCCACCAGCCCCCAGGCCUGGAAGAGAUCCCACUCCCUGGGGGACCUCCACUGGGAACAGGCCUUCCACCAGAAGAAGGACCACAGCCUGGAACCCAAGCCCGCUAAUGGUGGCUCCAAGUUGGGCACCACCAGCCCAGUGAAGGGCCUCCAGGCUCAUGGAGAUAGGGGUUCACCACCGGCUCAGAAUGGGGGGAUUGCUGUGAGCCCUAAAGGACGUUCUGAUCUCCCCCCUGUGCCCUCCCAGCUGCCCCUCAGACCACCCUGUUCUAUUGCCUUGCUUCCCCAGCCCGAGAAAAUCCUGCCCAACCUGAUCUCCAGCCCUCCCGAAACCCAGCUGGGGGAGAGAAGCAUCUGGACUCACCCCAAAAAGCCCCCAGUGCCCCCUCCUGUCCCAAUCAAGAAGUCCAAGGAGUGCCUAGCCAAUGGGAUGUGCCACCCCUCUCUUGUCCUCUCCUCCCCAACUCAUUCCUAUUCCUCCACCAACUCUCAUCCCCCCAGCCCUGUCAUCAGCAGCCCCAGUUCCAGGGCUCCAGCCCUCCCCAGUAAGGCCUCUAGUACCCAUAUCUCCCCCUCUCCAGCCAGCCCUACUCCAGACUCCCCUGCCUCCACCACCACCUCCUCUCUCGAACCAGAGGAACCAGGCACACCCCCGGCCGUGCCCCCUCCUUGGCUGUCUGACCUUCCCGAGUCGGCCUGCCCUCAGGCUCAGAUCCAGGGGGGUAGUGGCAAGAUGACGGUGGCCAGGAAGGUGUCCCAUGUUAAGAUGGCCGUCGAUCUCCACACCGUGCUGGAGCAGAGACUUGAGGCCGAGGGCAUUGACCUCACAGAGGAACCCUACUCAGACAAGCAUGGUCGGUGUGGUAUCCCCCAGCCCCUGGUGCAGCGCUACAGUGAAGACCUGGAGCAGCCAGUGAAAGAUGUUGCCCCCGCCAUAGACCAGGUCCGCCUGAAGCUGCUCCGCAAGCAGCACCGCAUGGCUAUCCCGUUUGGAGGUUUAACAGAGAUGUGCAGGAAGCCUCUCUCCCCGGGUCACUUGAGCACCGUCUCUGAUUGGUUGGUGUCCAUCGGCCUGCCCAUGUACGCCACGUACCUGGAAGCGGCAGGAUAUGACACGUUGGGGCACGUGUCAUCUCUCACGGAGAGCGGUGUGUGGGAGGCGGGGGUGAGGGACAAGAGACAUGCCCGUAGACUGGUGAGCGAGGCCCGUUUAGUCAGCGCACACAGAGAUGCACAGUCAUAACUGUGACAGUGGAACAAAUGCAGGUGAAACUCGGAAAGUUGAACAGCUAUGUCAUGGCUGUCUGCUCAGUUGACAUAGUUGAGACUGAAACACAGUUGCAAAUAAAUGCAGAACUGAAUAACUGUGCAAGUGACCAUAGCACAGCUUUCAACAGCUAUUGAGGCUUUUGACUGGACUGCGGAUGGCUCACUGUUGCAGCCCAGCCCACACCUGAAACUUAAGAGCAGAAAACCUGUUCUUAUUCCCCCAUGUCUUUAUCAAUCGAUUUCUGUCUUGUUUACGGUGAAAUUGUUCCCGACUGUCGAGAACAGUUAUCAGAUGCCUUUAAAUCUCUCUCUCUCUCUCUCUCUCUCUCUCUCUCUCUCUCUCUCUCUCUCUCUCUCUCUCUCUCUCUCUCUCUCUCUCUCUCUCUCUCUCUCUCUCUCGCUCUCUCUCUCUCUCUCUCUCUCUCUCUCCCUCUCUCUCUCUCUCUCUCUCUCUCUCUCAAACAUCCUCCCCAGUCUUAUAACUCAAGACUGAGAAGUACUGCCUUGAAGGAAAAAUAGCACAGUCUCUCUUCUUUUUUUUUAGGUUUGACUUUAUAUGUGACUCUAUUUGUCACAUGCGCCGAAUACAGCAAGUGUAUAUUUUAACGUGGAAUGCUUACUUACAAGCCCUUAACCAACAGUGCAGUUCAAGAAGAGUUAAGAAAAUAUUUACCAAGUAGACUCAAAUAAAAGGUAAUAAUAAAAAGUAACACAAUAAGAAUAACAAUAACGAGGCUAUGUACAGGGGGAACCGGUUUUUACUUUUGUUGUUAAUCCCAUUGCCAAAUGUUAUAGCAAGACUGGACAAUGGGUUUUCUUUCAGUUAAUCAACUAAAAGAUUACACAAAACAUGAAAUAGGCAAACAAUGCUGUUGUAUUGGGAUUUCAAAUCCUAAUUUUCUAUCAUGCUAUAGUGUUUUUGUAAUAUACUGUACCAUAUAUUCUAAUUUCAACGUGUUUUUACAGUAUGUGUGUUCAAUAGUAUUUGUUUGUCUGCUUUGUGGAAUGUCAAUGUCUGAAAUGUCUUCAGACCAUCUCAGUUAAUGUAAGUAGACAGUCAGACAGAUAUCGAUAUGAUUAUAUUGCAGAUUUCAAAACAUAUCUUAAUUGCAUUUAAUCCUCCAAUAUGUAGGUCCUUACAGUAAGGCUGUCUACACAGUACCGCUCUAAUCAUCUUUUCCUUUGCAGACUCCAUAUGUCUAAACGAGCUCAUUUUAAGUUGCCUUACCAUGAUGUAAAGAAAACAGUUAGAUAAAUAUCUAUUCAUGUACUCAGCAUUAUAAAUAGGCAUUUCAACCCCCAUCCACAUUCCCUUUGACUAAGGCUUGAUUUUUUCACAGCCUCACCAGGCCUAUAUGUUUUGAAUGUGCAAAUGCUUGUAACGACGGUGAUUGUUAGUUGCACACACACACACACACACACACACACACACACACACACACACACACACACACACACACACACACACACACACACACACACACACACACACACACACACACACACACACACACACACACGAUUAGCUGCCUGCAGAUGUAUGGGAUCAAAGUACACACAUUAGCAGCCACAUAGCUCAAAUGGUGGUUUCCUUGUUAAGCACAGAUGUUAAUCCACAGGAAGUCUGAUUUAAACAUAGUGUCCCCAUAUUCAACAGCCGGCCACAGCACCACUCAGUACUACAGUCUUAGAGAGAGACACAGUCAGGGAGGACAGAUGAGAUUGGGAGAUGGUCACCUCACCUCUGUAGGGACGUACUGAAUCCCCAUUCACUGAAACAGCAGGACAGACCUGUGAGUCCCUAGCAGUGGAUUCCUAGUCCAAGCUUGGUGUGAGUGGAUCCACCCACAUAAUGUCAUUAUACUUGUGUGAGGUACUUCAUAUUGCAAACAAUUAUCCCUAGCUCUCGGGUUUCAAAAUAAAAGUUGACAGAGUGGUGUAACAUCGGGGAGGCUUUUGCAGUGGACACUCGAAAGAAGUUUGAUGCCUUUUCUCUUCAAUCAUAGUGGUGCUCCAGGUUAGUAGUGGUAGGGGGAGUUUUUGUAAAGAAAAAAUAUUGUCACUGUAAAAUGCACUUUAGAAAGUAAAUUAGAAAAUUCACGCAAAAAGUCCAUAAGCAGACAUUUCUUUUCAGGUAAGGUAAAGGGGUUGGGUUAUACUGGGAUUUAGUUACCUUAGUAUUGGAGUUCCCAAUGCCAAGUCAAUGUACAAAUGUAAUUAAUAAUCAUUCAUGAAUUAACCUGUUCCAAUGACUUAACUUCCAAUUAGUUUUUGCAAUCGUACAAAAAAACAUAAUUACAUUAAUGAAUUGAUUAACAAGACUUGCACAUUCUGUAUAUGUUAUCUGGUAUUUAAAUAACUUAUUUUGGGGCUUUUCAUGUCAACUGUAAUUAUUAGCUGUACUAUACACAUAGCAAUACCUUCCUGCAUAUUGCUUUAGCUAGUGAAAAGCUACAGUGUGUAAUGUAAAGUAUAAGUGUACAAAUGAUUUUCUUUGGUUUCAACUAUCUAAUGAUUGUCUAUAAAGAUUUGCUUGUGUAUUGAAACAAAAAAUGAUGUCUAUAACUAUGUAAUUCUGAAAUAUAAUAAAAACCAUUUCUUGCCA